GUUCGGGCAGCAUCUGCAAAUAAAAGGGUCUGUAACUCGUAUGCAACAGGUCAAGAAGGAUCGUAUUGUCACCUAUAUAAGAUCGUGUAAGACGCAAUUAAACUUAGUUUACAAUUGGACACCACAACGUAAUGAACAAAAUGUUAAGUCGCCGAGAGCGCCUGGAAUUAGGCCUAGGCAUUUUGCCCUAUAAUCCCAAAGCAAUUCAGCUUUCAGCUGCUCAAGACCAAGUGGAAACUAUUAUAGCACGCUUGAGUGCAGACACAGGGUCCUUUGAAGAGACCGAAAGCGACGAAGAUAAAGCACGAGAAAAGGAAGUGUCCAGUGACGCCGCAGUGUCUAGCAAUCAUUUCUGGAACAAGUUAUGCGUAAAUUCGACUAGUAUGUCAGAGAAGUUGGUUACGCUGGCUCAGACCGCCGAAAAAUUGGGACAAACUCGACGCAAUUUGCAGGAAAAACUUCAAAAAGAGCAAGAAGGGAAUGAAAGCGACGAUGAUGACGUCCUCAUCAUUGACGAGGGUGAGUCUGUGACAGACUUGUUUCGCUCACAGUUGAUUAGGAACACCAUAAUGGCGAUGAAUGAGGCCCGCUUACGCCUACUUCAACGAUGGGAGCGCACAAAGCGUUCGGCUCUCGAUCUGCUUACCAUUGAGAUAGAGAAAGUGCAGGCUAUGGAUCUAAUGGAUGCGCAAACUUCCUCACAUUUUGAUUUGUUUUGUGAUGGCACUGAUGAGCACAACACUUCUACUCCGCGGACCAUUGACAGCGAUGAGGAGAACAACGACGAAGAAAAUAACAUUAAAGGCGAAAGCGACGACGAUUACGUCCCUCCUGAUAGUGGGAAACGGAAGCGCCAGCCACAGUCUACGUCCACGCCGAGAACUUCUACUCCACAAGUAAAGCGUCCGCGUUUCAGUUUUAGCCCUGACGAGAACUCGCCCAUGGUCGUCAUUGGGCCCAAUGGUACACAAAUACCACGCCGUGUUUUCAACACCUUGAACGUCAAUCUAACCGGCCCGGCCAUAACGCGUAAGCUUCUUUGCGAGAUUUUUGACCGGGACACGCUUGCAUACCACACACUGUCUGGGAAGCCAUCGCCUGCGUUCAAAGAUUGCGCGCGACCCAGUAAACAAAAACUGGAUCCUCUGAAGGUAGACGAUCUCGUAUAUCUCAUGACGACUUAUAUGGACAUGACUCCACGCGAUGUGCGCACUGCCAUAACCACUAAGUGCGCGGAUGAGAAUAAAAUGCUACGUGCCCGGCUUUUGCGACAGCCGAGCAAACUUAACCAACUAAAGAUUUAGAAUACGGGGCAUAGCCUAUUUCCUGUUUGAUUUGUGACACACGC